AUGAAGGCGAUAGGGAGGAUCUCAGUGCCGACGACGGUGACGGGGCUGGUGCUCUACUCGCGCGCCAUGGUCUCCAUGCUCUUCCUGGGCUACCUUGGGGAGAUGGAGCUCGCCGGCGGCUCCCUGGCCAUCGGCUUCGCCAACAUCACCGGUUAUUCCGUGCUCUCGGGGCUCGCCAUGGGCAUGGAGCCCAUCUGCGGCCAGGCCUUCGGCGCCAAGCAGCGCAAGCUCCUGGGCCUUGCACUGCAGCGCACCGUCCUCCUCCUCCUCUCCGCCUCUGUGCCCAUCUCCAUAAUCUGGCUCAACAUCGCCGGAAUCCUCACCUGGUGCGGCCAAGACCAGAACAUCGCCUCCACCGCCGGGAAGUUCAUCUCCUUCGCCGUCCCCGACCUGGUCCUCCUCUCCGUCCUCUACCCGCUCCGCAUCUACCUGCGAACUCAGAGCAUCACUCUCCCCCUCACCUUCUGCUCCGCCGCCUCCGUGGUCCUCCACGUCCCCCUCAACUACUUCCUCGUCGUCCGUCUCCGAAUGGGCAUCGCCGGAGUGGCCCUCUCCAUGGUCCUGACCAACCUCAACCUCUGCCUCAGCCUCCUGUGCUACAUCCUCGUCUCCCGCGUCUACGAGGAUUCGUGGGUCAGCCCCGGCGUUGACUGCCUACGUGGGUGGUCCGCUCUGCUCCGACUGGCCGUACCGACAUGCGCGUCCGUGUGCCUCGAGUGGUGGUGGUACGAGCUGAUGAUCCUUCUCUGUGGCCUCUUCGUCAACCCCCAGGCCACCGUCGCCUCCAUGGGGAUCCUCAUCCAGACAACAUCUCUCGUCUACGUCUUCCCGUCUUCGCUCAGCCUCGGGGUCUCCACGCGCGUCGGCAACGAGCUCGGCGCGCGGCGGCCCGCCGGCGCACGCGCCGCCGCGCUGGUGGCGCUGGCCUGCGCGGUGCUGAUGGGAGUCCUUGCCAUGGUCUUCACCGUCGCGGUGAGGCACCGGUGGGGGCGGCUCUUCACCUCUGACAAGGAGAUCCUGAGGCUGACGGCGCUGGCGCUGCCCAUCGCGGGGCUCUGCGAGCUCGGCAACUGCCCGCAGACCACCGCGUGCGGCAUCCUGCGGGGCAGCGCGCGGCCCAAUGCCGGGGCCAACAUUAACCUCGGCUCGUUCUACCUGGUCGGCACGCCGGUGGCCGUUCUUCUUGCCUUCGUCUCCGGGAUGGGCUUCGCUGGCCUCUGGAUCGGCCUGCUGGCUGCCCAGACCUCCUGCGUCGUUCUCAUGUGGCUGGUCAUCUCGAGGACGGACUGGGUCGCAGAGAUGGAGAGAGCCCGGCAGCUAACCAAAGCUUCUUCCCCGACCUCCACUUCUAUGGAGGCUCUCCAAGAUAUCGCUAAGGCGAAGGUGAGCGACCUGGAGGGAAUCCUUUGCGUUGGCGAUGGCGACGAAGAGGUCAGGGAAAAGGUCCCUCUGGACACUGAUCCAUUCCUCCUGGCCUGA